AUUGCACCCAGCACUGGAGCUCAGUAUUUCUGAACCCAGACUUCAGGCUUCUCAGGAGGGGCAUGCAGUCACUAAAGCACCCAAGUAUCUGGUGUGUAAAAGGAAGCUUGAAAGCAAAAAGGAAGCUUUGUUAAUCCUUUCCAAAGAGCUGGACACGUGUCAACAGGAAAGAGACCAGUACAAGCUUAUGGCCAAUCAGUUGCGAGAACGACAUCAAUCACUGAAGAAGAAAUACCGAGAGCUGAUUGACGGGGAUCCAUCUCUUCCCCCUGAAAAGAGGAAACAGGCUAAUCUUGCCCAACUAUUGAGUGAUUCUCGGGAUCGAAAUAAGCAUCUGGGAGAAGAAAUAAAAGAACUGCAGCAAAGGCUGGGAGAAGUGCAAGGAGACAAUAAGCUCCUUAGAAUGACGAUAGCAAAACAGAGGCUUGGAGAUGAAGAAGUUGGAGCGCGCCAUUUCGCAGCCCAUGAGCGUGAAGACCUUGUUCGGCAGUUGGAGAAAGCACGAGAACAAAUUGAGACUCUAGAACAUGAUCUUCAAGCAGCGUUGGAUGAGUUACAGGAUGUAAAAGAAGAACGCUCCUUUUACCAGGAUAAAGCAGACCGACUAAACCAGGAACUUAAUCAUGUCCUAGGAGGACAUGAAAACCGCAUCAUUGAUGUGGAUGCUCUGUGUAUGGAGAACCGGUACCUCCAAGAGAGAUUAAAGCAACUUCAAGAAGAAGUCAAUCUUCUUAAGUCUAACAUUGUUAAGUACAAGAAUGCUCUAGAGAGACGGAAGAAUUCCAAGAGUCACAGUAGAUCCAGUAGCAGUGCUCUGACAGGAGUCCUUUCUGCAAAACAAGUUCAAGAAUUGUUGUCGGAGGAUCACGGGUGUAGUCUACCAGCCACACCCCAAUCCAUUUCAGACCUCAAGUCUUUGGCCACUGCCUUGCUGGAAACCAUCCAUGAGAAAAACAUGGUCAUACAACACCAAAGACAAACCAACAAAAUUCUAGGAAACCGAGUGGCAGAGCUGGAGAAGAAAUUAAGGACAUUGGAAAUUUCUGGUUUGUGGAGUCUUCCAGGUGGAAAGGAUACUAUCACAUUCAGUGAUCCAACCCUGCCUGUUAUACAGCGGUCAAGAUCACCAUUAACGUUCACUGGCAAGCCACCACAGAAUGAAGCACAGAGGCAUGAAGCACAAGCAAUGGGAGAACUAGAUGAUACUUGCACUGUUACAAAUAAGCUGACAGCCCCAAAGGAAUCUUCUGAGGUUUCUGAAGCCCAUCUAAAUAACAGUAACCAAAAUAAGCAUCUUCACCCCUCGCUACCCCAGUUACCUUCUGAGGAAGAAGAUAUAAACAGACUUGGAAGUGAAAUAAUAAAAUUAACAGAAGAACAAGCAGCUACAGAACUCGGAGGGAGCAAAACAGGAAGUCCAGCAGAGGGCCAGAGUCCAAGGGGCCAACCAGAGCUCAGUGGUUCAUCUGAGGGACAGUCCCCAUUAUCCAGCCCUGAUUCAUUUGACCCCACAGAAGCCUCCAGCUCAGAGACUGAGCAAGUCCUGAAAGACAAUUAUGAAAUCUCAGAGAGUGUUUGUGAAAAUCUGAAUGAGAAAAAGCAUGAAAAUAGUGAGACACUGGAUACUGAAGGACUUGGAGAUCUAACUGCUACAGCUGCAUGCACAAAUAACAUCUUGGACCAUCCCCCUGUACCAGAGAGUGACAGACCAUCAGAU